UCCUGUGGAUCUGAACCUCGGCGGCAGACUUGCGAUGCUGCCGAAUCAGCUGGGCCAGGCGACGUUUGAGGAGAUACAGAAUUCCUCUGUCGUGGAGCUGCUCGACAGUUCGACCAGCAACGCAGAGAACCGACAUCCUGAGUUCCGGGAAUUUGCAUCUACGGUCAUCUUCCCGCAAUGUGCUGUCUCCGAAGAGAACAACACUUCCUGCACUUCGUCUCCACAUGGAGACAACACGGCCUCGUGCAUGACACAACUGCUGCCGUGCCGCUCGUGGUGUGAGGAAGUUCUCCACAUGGCUGAUGACCGGACGAAGAACCGGUUCCCUACCUGUGACCUGUUUCCGUCACCACCACACGCCUGUUGGAACCCGGAGCCAGACAAGAAGUACAACCAAAUUUGCUACCAUGGCAGCGGCAUGAACUACCGUGGUACAUGGAGUAAAAGUACAUCCGGGGCAGAUUGUGUGAAGUGGUCCGCUGCGCAGGCUGGUUUCUACCCGACCAAGUACCCCUGGGCUAACCUGGAGAACAACUACUGCCGCAACCCGACUGGACUCGGGCAGCCAUUUUGCAUGACGGAAGAUGGCAGCCAGGAGGACUGUGACGUCAUUCAGUGCAAGCUCUUUCUCUGCGAGGACCUGGGUCCUCCAAACUACGGCCACAGAACCCCUCUCAAAAGGUACUACAACGUGGGGGAUAGGGUCGCGUACACCUGCAACGUGGGGUACUCGCUAAAGCCUGGGGCUCCCACCGACGUGAGGUGCACUGAUGGAGGCCUCUGGCAGUAUGACAAGCCCAGCUGCUCAGGUGAUUGCUGCAGACUAUUUGGGAGUAUAGAAUAG